AUGAUGUUUCAAAUCUCCGAGGUCACCUUCAACCUGGUUGAGCUAUUACGCAGCAGACUCACACGCAUCCCACCAGGCGAGCCGAGUACCCAAAAUCUAAGCGCGACAAAAGACGUAUUUGUCGCCUUGCCGUCUAUUUUCCCCACAAAAACCACUUCUAGCGAUGAUACACCCAGAAUCGGCGGCAGAAUUGCAGCCCGUAUCCGUUCAUCCUGCCUAGAAUCAGCUCUACCUCCGGCAUUGUCAUCCUCCUCCUUGUCACCUGAAUCCACACCGCUGCCGCCAGGAUCAUCUGUAAAUUCCCCUCAUUUUGCAGCUUCUCCUGCCACAGAUUCGAGCAACAUGCUGGCCGGAGUCAGUCUCGACCGAGACCCAGAAGAGGACAUAGUUCCUGGAUGUCGGGCAAGACCAGUCUCUGCGCCAACGUGUCCUCCUCUUGUGAGACUGGCCACCAGCUUCUCUCCCAGAAGUGUAGACUUUCUGACAUCGUCUGGAGAAGGUGGCAGUAGCGUCAAUGGCACCGUCUCGGAUACUCAAGUAAUCAUUAAGCAGUCAAAGCUGGUGCAGCGGCAACAGCAACAGCAGUUCUGUCUGAACGACGGAGUCUGUAUGCAGCUGUGGACUGAGUUGGUGUGUGACUGCGAGCUGACCAGCUUCUCUGGGCAUCGCUGUGGCGAAGGUAGGUGUCCAUGCUUUUGA